GUGUGAGAUUGACAGGCAGAUCUCACCGAAAUACAUUAAUAAAUUCUACCACACACCCCAUCUUCAUAAAACCCUUCACAAUUCACCAUCUUUUUCUUGUAUUCUACUAUAUUUUUAUUUUUUUUCAGCUGUAAUUGCGUCAAGUGCCUCUCAUGCUAGGCGUUUCAGGCCUUCCUGGAAGCUCCGGCGAUGGCGCUGCAGCUCCCAGACCUCAAGAGCACGGUGGUAGUGGCGGUGAAACCGACGGUGCAGGACCAAGUACAGGUGGAUUCAGUGAAGAAGAGAAAGGUAGAGCCGAGGAAGGUGACCGAAGCUCAGCCGGAAACCGGUGGCCGAAGCAAGAAACACUGGCUCUCCUCAAGAUAAGAUCCGAUAUGGAUGUUGCCUUUCGUGACUCCAGUCUCAAAGGCCCCUUAUGGGAAGAGGUUUCAAGGAAAUUGGCAGAGCUUGGUUAUCAUAGAAGCGCCAAGAAAUGCAAGGAAAAAUUCGAGAACGUUUACAAGUACCACAAGAGAACCAAAGAAGGCCGAGCUUCCAAGGGAGAUGGUAAGAACUACCCAUUCUUUGAUCAAUUAGAAGCCUUCGAAAACCAUCCUUCCCAUCCGUUACCUUCUCCCUCAAAACCUCAAAUUCCGGCAAUGGCAAUGGCGACAGCAAUGGUGGAAAUGUCCAGGACUAAUCCUCCUGUUGUAUCACAAAUCACUAGUACAGUUCCAUCAGCAACAAACCCUAUAAUGGUAAGUCAAAGCACAGUCACACCGAGUAGUGUAAACUCUACCAGUCCUUUAUCCCAACCACUGCGACCACCACCACCGCCACUAUCAACAGCAGCAGCAACAACAACAACAAACCCUAAAAAGCCUUAUGGAAGGAAUGUAAUUGGAUCUUUGCAUCCGAAUGUGAUGCUGAAUUCUACCUCUUCUUCAACUUCAUCAGACUUGGAGCCGCGAAGGCGGCUCAGGAGGAAGCGAAAAUGGGAGGACUUGUUGGAGAGAGUAAUGAAUGAGGUGAUCCACAAGCAAGAGGAGCUACAGAGGAAGUUUCUAGAAGUAUUGGAGAAGCGGGAGCGCGAUUGGAUUGAGAAAGAAGAAGCUUGGAGAGUUCAAGAAAUGGCAAGGAUGAAUAGAGAGCAUGAGCUUUUAGUACAAGAGAGAUCCAUGGCCGCAGCUAAAGAUGCGUCACUAAUUGCAUUCCUGCAGAAAAUAUCCCAACAACAACAAAACCCUAAUUCGUCGCAAAUGCAAAUGUUACUACAAGUUCAAGCAAAUCCAGUGCCGCCGCAGCUGCCGCCACCACCACAGCCACCAUCACCGCCACGGCAACCACCACCACCACCACCGUCACCGCCCACUUUGGACAAUCGGAAAACUGAAAACUUCACACCAAACAGCUCUUCUAGAUGGCCGAAAGCGGAGGUUCAAGCUUUGAUCAGUCUUCGAGCCGAUCUUGAUCUCAAGUAUCUAGAAAACGGACCUAAAGGGCCUCUAUGGGAGGAAAUGUCCAUGGGCAUGCGUAAGCUUGGGUACGACCGGAGCGCGAAGAGAUGCAAAGAGAAAUGGGAGAACAUCAACAAGUACUUCAAGAAAGUGAAAGAGAGCAACAAGAAAAGACCCGAAGAUUCGAAGACUUGUCCAUAUUUUCACCAACUUGAAGCCCUAUACAAAGAGAAAAACAAGGUUGAUGCUUCAUUCAAUCAUGGGUCCGCCUUGAAUAAGGUCGAAAAUCAGAUGGCGCCGAUAAUGGUUCGACCAGAGCAGCAAUGGCCUCUUCCGGUGGAAGAACACCGGCCAGAGGCGGUAAUGGAGGAUCGGGAAAACGAAGACGUUGAUCAGAAUAAUGAUGAGGAAGAAGACAUUGAGGAUGAUGAAGAUGAAGAAGAUGGAGGUGGUGGCGGUGGUUAUGAGAUAGUAACAAGCAAAGCAUCUUCAGUGGCCACGGUUGAGUGAGACAAGAGAGAGAGGGAGAGGGGAGUGAAAAUGUGAAUGUGUAGCACAAGUGGGUGACUUUUGGAAGUGGACAAGGGACGCGCAUGUGGGUCAGAUUCCGGCUGGCAUGAGAUCAUGUGGUGGUAAAAUUAAAAUGGAAAAUACAUAUAUAUAUAUACACAUGGGGUUGUAAGUGUGGAAUGGUAUUAUAUGUUUAUAAUAAUCAUUUAUUUAUUAUUUGGGGAAUAAAUAAAUUAAGGGAGACGGGGGAGAGAAGUUCCAAAGAAUAAAUAAAGAGAAAGUGUUGUAUUUUCCUUUUUCAUUAAUAUUUUUGUUCAUGGGGUGUAAAAUGUAAAUCAGGGAAAUUCAUGGAUACUGGUGUUUGUUUGUU